AUGUACGUAAGUUAUCUUUUGGAUAAAGAAACCAGCAUGUAUCCAGGAUCCGUAAGGUGCAACAACAACCUACCAGUGCAAAAUUUUGUCUCCACUCCAUCCUAUUCAGAUUACAUGGGAUAUCAUCAUGUGCCAAGCAUGGACAACCAUGGACAGUCUUCAGGAGGUUGGGGAUCCCACUAUGGCAUGCAAAGGGAAGACUGGAAUACUUAUGGCCCAGGACCCUCCAGCAUAGUUACUGCUGCACAAAUCAAUGGCUCGUCUCCUGGGCAGGUCUCCUACAGCUCUACUGAUUACAAUUCCCUGCAUCCUGCUGGAUCUGGAGUUUUACCUCCUGUAGAUACAAUUAAUGCAGAGCAAAUCUCUUCCAACAGUCAAAAGCAUGGCUCUUAUGAAUGGAUGAGAAAAACGCAAUCUACUACUGCAGGUAAAACAAGAACAAAGGAAAAGUACCGAGUUGUUUACACAGAUCAUCAGAGACUAGAAUUAGAGAAGGAGUUUCAUUGCAACAGAUACAUUACAAUAAGGAGGAAGUCUGAACUUGCAGCAAACCUGGGACUAUCUGAGAGACAGGUGAAAAUCUGGUUUCAGAAUCGCCGAGCCAAGGAGAGGAAAAUGAUCAAGAAGAAAAUCUCUCAGUUUGAUGGCAGUGGAGGCUCAGUUCAGAGUGACUCAGGUUCAGUCAGCCCAGCUGAGAUGUCUAACUCUCUAUUCCCACCACCACAUGCAAUAAAUGGAUUACAGCCCAUUGAGAUACAGCAGGUCAUAGUCUCAGAAUGAACAGGAGAAA